AUGAAUGUUGCUGGACGGGCAGUAGGGGGCGUAGCGGAACCAGGCAAGGAGAAUAAGGUGAAGGACAGGCAGGCAGAUCUGCCUCUGCAGUUUGAGCUCACAGUAUUGGAGAUCGCAAGGCCUAUUAAUGACCCCCAAAACCAACUGAUAAAAGAGAUAACAGCAGAACCUGGCGAUGAUGUCACUCUGUCAUGUCGAGCUCCAAACAACGUCAACAUAACAAUAGUUGAGUGGAGCAGAUCUAACCCUGAGAAACAAGUCUACUUGAAGCGAGACGGGCACGUGGUGACAGCAGACCAGGAUCCAUCUUAUGUGAACCGGGUGCAGCUGAAGGACGAUAAGAUGAAGAACGGUGAACUGUCUCUGAUUCUGAAGAACGUGAGCAGCAACGAUGAAGGAAGGUAUGAGUGUCUCUAUAAAGAGAAGACAGGAGGACGCAGGAAGAGAAGUGAUAUAAACAUCGUCAUCCACCUGAAUGUUAAAGACCUACAGAUCAAAGAGAUAACAGCAGAACCUGGAAAGGAUGUCACUCUGCCAUGUGAAGCUCUAAACUAUGUCACCAUAACCCUUGUUGAGUGGAUCAUAUCUGAUGGAUCUGUCUGCAAAUUUGAAAAUAGGCAAACGUUCCCAAAACAGCAACAUCCAUCUUAUCUGAACCGUGUGCAGCUGAAGGACACUGAGAUGAAGAAUGGUGACCUGUCUCUGACUCUGAAGAACGUAAAGAGCAGCGACAAAGGAACAUAUGUGUGCAUCUAUGAAGGGAAGAAUGGAGCUGAUCCGAUUAAACUCAUGAAGAUCGUCCACCUGCAUGUUGAAGGUCCAACAGCUGGAAGCUCAUGGGGUGUACAACUUGGAUUAGGUCUGACAGUCGCUGUUCUGGCUCUGGCUCUUCUUGUUUAUGUGAUCUACAAGAAGUGUGAUGACUAG